CACGCACACCCCCACUCUACGUCUUUGUUCAGCUUGAGCUAGCUAAGUUGCUAGUAAGAGGCUAGCUGAGAUCAUAAAGAGGUCUGAACUUUUCAUACAUGUAUAUCUGACCGUUUUGAUCUCCCACGGACAUUUGAGACCUUGUCAGUUCAACAAUGAGCAAGAGGAAAGCGCCACAGGAAUCCCUAAAUGAGGGAAUAACAGACUUCCUUGUCGAGUUGGCCAAUUACGAGAAAAACGUCAACAGGGCAAUACACAAGUACAAUGCUUACAGGAAAGCAGCAUCUACCAUCUCCAAGUACCCUACCAAAAUCAGAAAUGGUGAAGAGGCCAAGAAACUGGAUGGUGUUGGAGCUAAAAUAGCAGAAAAGAUUGAUGAGUUCCUACAAACUGGCAAACUACGGAAACUAGAAAAGAUUCGAAAUGAUGAUACCAGCUCAUCCAUCAAUUUCCUCACCAGAGUUACUGGAAUUGGCCCUGCCGCUGCCAGAAAGUUUUUUGAAGAAGGGGUGAAGACAUUAGAAGAUCUGAAAAAGAUUGAGCACAAACUCAACCAUCAUCAACAGAUUGGACUCAAGUACUUUGAGGAAUUUGAGAAAAGGAUUCCAAGAGCUGAAAUGGAAAAGAUGGAGACUCUUAUCCUUGGAGAGUUGAAGGAGAUCGACUCAGAAUAUAUUGGAACAAUCUGUGGAAGCUACAGGAGAGGCGCUGCAUCGAGUGGUGAUAUUGAUAUUUUGCUGACCCACCCAAAUUACACCUCUGAGACUGAGAAGCAGCCCAGGCUCCUCCAUGCAGUGGUUGAGCAUUUGGAGUCCAUUGGCUUUGUGACUGAUACUCUGUCCAAGGGUGACACCAAGUUCAUGGGAGUCUGCCAGCUGCAGCAGAGCGAUGACGAUGAGGAAGAAUACCUUCACAGACGUAUUGAUAUCAGGUUAAUUCCCAAGGAUCAGUACUACUGUGGAGUUCUAUAUUUUACUGGAAGUGAUAUCUUCAACAAAAACAUGAGAACUCAUGCUCUGGAGAAGGGCUUCACACUUAAUGAGUACACCAUUCGACCACUUGGAGUCACUGGUGUGGCAGGAGAGCCUCUGUUGGUGGAUAGUGAGAGAGACAUCUUUGAAUACAUCCACUACAAAUACAGAGAGCCAAAGGAUCGCAGCGAGUGAAACAAAGGGCAGCUGGCAGUUGUAUUCGAAGAUUUCUUGAAAACAAGAUCAGACACGUGAACAAAUGUGUGAUAGUAUGUUAGUCUUUUAUAUGUCUGUCAACUGUGUUAUUGAAAAAGAAAAACAGCUUUAAAAGUAUUUUUGAUUAUUUGGUUUGGUUUGGACACACACACACACACACACACACACACACACACAUACACACACACACACACACACACACACACACACACACACACACCUGCUCCCUUACCCUAACCCAUGUUCUUACCUAAGGUUUAAAUUUCCUUGGUCAUUCAUCUUUGUGAAGGCUUUGGUCUCAUUUUUAAAACAAUUUUGUAAUUCAUGCUCAACAGUAAUUUAUUUUUUAAAUUUUUUUUUACCCUUUUUAAUGUUUUAUAUACCACGAUAAAAGUGAUCACAUUAAUUUCAGAGGAGCAAGCUCAAUGUGGACUGGUACAAUGAUGACAAUGAUGACUGCUGUCAAGACAUUUUGACAGCAGUGUGCAUUGAGUGUGUGAAUUGCAGUAUUGGUAGUUUAUCUUUGUAAUUUGUUUUAUUUCAUUCACUAUGGAAAUUUACAAAAGGAAAAAAAAAUACCCGUAGAAUUAAUCUUUGGGCACACAUUGGGAAGGGGGAAUACAAUGGGGCAAACAGCAUUUGUGGUCACUGAGCUCAGUCUCAGACACUCAUUUUGGUCAAAAUGAUAAACAACUUGUAUGUUUUUUGCAGUUAUUGACUGAUGUGUGAAUAUGACUGUUUAACUGGGAGACUUGACUCUUUUUAUGGCUGUGUGAGAAUGAUUACAUGCGUGUGUUAGUUUAGGACAUUAUUGUAUCUUCUAUGCUUUACAGGGUGCCAUUCUGAAGAAUGAGGUCUGUAAGGUUCAUAGAAAUAUCUUCGUGAUACAUAUUUUAAUAUGUAAAGCAAAACUUGAAUAUUAGCAUUAGGACUUCAGUUAGUUUGGGAUGCGGGCCAUUGCAAACAUUUUGGAAAAUAUUUAAGGGGGAAAAAACAUGGGAAGCAAUGGAGUUCUGUGGGUUUGCUUGGGAGCUGUCAACAACCAACUCUGUAUGUCGUGCAUGUAUAAGAAAUAAAUGAGUU